GCCUCUAUUUAAGAAAAAGAAACAAUCAAUUAAACGAUCUGUAAUUCAAAGACCGCAAAUAAAGGAAAUGGUGGUGGUGUAUCAUCGAGUACCAGAAGCUGUUCAAAACAAAUUCAUAAACAAUAAAGAAACAAUGCUUCAAAAAGGUCAAGCUAUUUUUGAAAAAAAACAAACUUUGGAGGCAGCCAAGUUUAAACAGUAUGAAAUACCUGUCACAGUCAAAAUUGAUUCUAUGGGUAAGAAUGGUGUUCAAGAUAUAUGUUACAAGUGCAUACCUGAAAAACAGUAUGAAAUACCUGUUACAGUUAAAAUUGGUUCUAUGGAUAAGAAUGGUAUUCAAGACAUAUAUUACAAGUAUAUACUUGAAAAAAGAAAAUUUGGUGAAAAAUUUGAUAUAUGUUACAAGUGCAAACUUAAAAAAAGAAAAAUUAAUGAAAGUUAA